AUGUGUCCAGGCAAAGAAUCUGUAAGAAGAAGAAAACAAAACUCUAGAAUAGAGAUUGCCACCGCUGCAAAACUCCAUGACCAAGCAGUAGAAUUUAUCGGUCUCGAAUGUGGGCAAGAACGGGUGAUCAAGCUGAGACAAGAUCUCUCUCUCUGUUUGAGCUCGCAAGAGCUUGUUCCUGCUAGCCAAGGAAGCCCUGUCCAUGACUUUCAUGGCGAAAUAGGUGUUGGUUCCUCUGAGCUCGACCAGGUAAACGCUCCCAAUGUCUCCAUUGCCGAGCCGUUUCAGAAGCCGGAAAUCGCUGAUCCCGAGCUGGACUCCUCUGGAGGUCAACAUAUUCACAGCGUCCCACCUUAUGUCACCACCCGUGUGUGGCUUGGAAGGAUUAGAGGAAGUGCUCUCAAUGCUGGCAGCCUUCGCGAGUACCUACCUCGGAGGAGUCAAGCUUUUUUCCGUGCUUCGAUAACAUUGCCAGCGAGAAAGCACGGCGAGUCUUGCAGAUCAGAGAAACCUGUGUCAAUGAAAACUAAAGAAGUGGAGCUAGAAAAGAUUGCAACGUUUACCUUUCAUGUCUAUAGUUUGGGGAAACCAUGA